GUGCACCGCGUAGAUCUACCGGUGGCCGGCGUGGCGGUGGUGAAGCGCAGACGUUGAUCAUUAUUCAUGGUGAUGCCGCUGCUAAAACUAUACUUGAUUGAUUGGCAUCGUCAAUAAAAAUAGAGCAGCCGUUCUACUUCUACUAGCCUUCGGAGAUUAUUCCCUCACUUUCUGAGUUCCUCUCACUCAUCUCCCAAAGUUGAAAACCAUUCAUUAGAAUGAGUAGACUGCUGCACAGGUCAUUGCUGACUUACACCGGUCGAUUGCUGUCAGUGCUGCAUGUUAUUCAUGCUCUCAUCAUUGGGCUUGCACUGGUCUACGUGGCCGAAUGCGACCAGAGACCGAACAUCGUGUUCAUUCUGACCGACGACCAGGAUGUGACGCUGGGUGGGCUGGAGCCCAUGGUCAAGCUGAACCGACUCGUCAGGGAGCAAGGCGUGUUCUUUGACAACGCGUUCGUGCAUACACCUAUUUGCUGUCCCAGUCGCUCAAGCUACCUGACAGGUAAAUACAUCCACAACCACGGCGCAGUGAACAACAGCCUGGAAGGCAACUGUGCAUCCCUAGCCUGGCAGCAGGGCAGUGAGCUAUACACGUUUGCCAGCAGCCUGCAAGGGUCACACUACCAGAAAGGCUACUUUGGCAAGUAUCUGAACAGCUACGGGACGAAACAAGCGCCGGGCGGACCCCAGCACAUACCGCGUGGCUGGGACACAUGGUUUGGACUCGUAGGCAACUCCAAGUACUAUAAUUACAGUGUCAGCAACAAUGGUGUGCUGGAAGAGCAUGGGCAGGACUACGGUGCGGACUACUUCACCGACAUGAUCAAGAACAAAUCGGUGGAGUUCAUCAAGGACAGUCGUGCCAACAAGCCCAUCUGGCCAUUCCUACUUGUGGCUGCCACUCCGGCACCACAUGCACCCUUCACACCUGCACCACAGUAUGAACACGUGUUUGAUGGUCACACGGCGCCUCGAACACCAAACUGGAACCAUCAUAGCGAUGAUAAACACUGGUUGAUGCGAGAGCAAGUGCCGAUGACAGAUCGAGGAAUCAACGCAUCGGAUGAGAUCUUUCAGCAUCGCUGGGAAACACUCUUGUCUGUCGAUGACCUUGUCGAGGCAAUUGUCCAGACACUUGUCGAUGAGCAUAUUCUGGAAAAUACCUACAUUAUAUUUGCAAGUGAUCAUGGCUUCCAGAUGGGUCAGUUCUGCAUUGGAUUCGACAAGCGGCAGCCGUACGAACACGACAUACGCAUACCGUUGAUGAUACGCGGCCCGGGCAUAGCGAAGAACGUGACCCUGCACGACAUUGCUCUGAACAUAGACAUUGCGCCGACGAUAGUGGCACUGAGCGGACAGACGCCACCACCGCACAUGGACGGACGCAGUCUUACCGACCUACUCUUCCCUACGCCGAGCACAGCAAAGGAUGUAGAUGAUGCUGGCCCAACAGAUCCGGCAGCAGCCUGGAGAGAUGACUUCCUGAUUGACUAUCAUGGUGAAGGUCGAUCACCGUGUUGGCUUGUUCAGUGUCCAGCUCCAGCCGCCGACAGGUUUCAUUCCAUAGACUCUUUUAACAACACGUACACAUGUUUGCGCACUUUAAGCAGCGCCGAAAAUAGCCUCUACUGCGAGUUCACGAUGACUGGAUUCGCGGAGUACUUUGAUCUCACGGCGGAUCCCUGGCAGCUGACCAACACUGCCAAGACAGUCAGUCCUGCCCUGCUCAAGCAGAGGCAAGCUCGCCUGGCCUACCUGCGCAAGUGCUCCGGAGCACAAUGCCAUCUACCAUCCACGACGACAAGGGAGCAGCUUGUCAUUGAUUGAUUCGGGUUGAUUGACUGAUUGAGACUGACUUCACAAAGCUGUUGUCUGUGGCACAUUGCUAGCAUCAGCAUACAUUGUUGAGGACUCAGUGCAAGGCGUUAAGAACAUGUUUCUUAGGUGUAACUUAAAUUUCCGUAUUUUUUAGGUAGAGAAACCAGGCAUCUAAAUAUAGAGAAUACCCGGGCCAGGCAUCUAAAUAUAGAGAAUACCCGGGCCAGGCAUCUAAAUAUAGAGAAUACCCGAGUAGAUAGCACUAGGAUAUGCACUAUGUGUGGAGGGAAUGCUGGUCACCUAUUUUUCUUUUCAAUUUAGGUGGGUUUCAGGCAUUACUGUUAAGAAAUACCUGAAAACCCAGCUAAUGUUUUAGAAGUAACAGCGUAAAUCUGUCGCCAUGGUCACCGGCGUGUGCAGUGGUGUGGUCCCUGACAUCAACAUUUUGCUAAAAAUGACAUAUUCGACUGCGGUGCUUUGUACAACAAGAGGCAUAGUACGUCACAAGUUCAGUUCAACACCAUCUAAAAAUUAAUAAUAUUAUUGUUUUUCACCCUGUUCUAUGAUUCUUGCGGCAUGCUGUGCAAAUGAGUGUACUUCAAGUACAUCUAGA